GUUGGGCCUGCUGGAGCCCAAGUCCCCAAGUCCCAGUCCCGGGCUCCUUUCCUCCAUCUGGAGCCCCCUCCUCCCUCCCAGCUCCAUACCAUGUGUGCCGGAGGGUGAGGAGGUGGUGUUUGCAGUUGCUAGGCAACCCCAGGGCACUCUGGUCUCUUGACAAGUUUAUCCGGUGAGUGACAGGUGUCAGUUGGUGGGGGAGGGGACAUGUUUUUUCUGAUGGGGGCUGAUGGAGUGGAGGAAGGGGCACCCUGGGCCCUGGAGCUGGACUUGUGAUAGACUGAAGGGAAGUUAUCUCUGCCAUCCCCCCUGGUGGGACCCAGUGGCACCAUGGACUCCAGAUGGCACCCUGGGGAACAGGAAAGGCGAGAUGUUCUCUAGCUCAGAGCUACUACCCUCCCCCCAUUCCAGGCUGCUGCAGGAACACACAGAGGGCUCUAGGUUUGCUGGGCCCAGCCCUCUCCUACCCCCAAUCUGGUCUGCACACACAGGCGUGGCAUCCCUGUGCCCAUCCUGCAUUCGCCUUCCACCUCGGGCCUCUGUCCUGCCCAGGCCACAGCCCCCAAGGAUGACCAGCUCAAAUAGUCCUAGCCUCAAAGCUCUGGGGAGGUCCCAGGGGACCUGGAUGCUAUGGGUCAGGGGUCACGUGCCAGGAAGCCGUGGGGCAUCCUGAUCAUCGCCUUUGACGAACUGAGGACCGACUUCAAGAACCCCAUAGAUCAGGGCAACCCGGCGAGGGCACGAGAGCGUUUGAAAAACAUUGAGCGGAUCUGCUGCCUCUUAAGGAAGCUCGUGGUCCCCGAGUAUUCCAUCCACGGCCUCUUCUGCCUGAUGUUCCUGUGCGCCGCCGAGUGGGUGACCCUGGGCCUCAACAUCCCCCUGCUGUUCUACCACCUAUGGAGGUAUUUCCACCGCCCGGCGGACGGCUCCGAGGUCAUGUACGACGCCGUCUCCAUCAUGAACGCAGACAUCCUCAACUACUGUCAGAAGGAGUCCUGGUGCAAACUCGCCUUCUACCUGCUCUCCUUCUUCUAUUACCUGUACAGUAUGGUUUAUACGUUGGUGAGUUUUUAAAGGGGGAAGCCGGCCAGGGAAUGAACCCCGAGAACGGACCGGACGCCUGUGUACCCCCAUCCCCGCGCCCCUUUUGGACAGCGGAGAAGAGCCACUCCCCGCCCCCCGUCCCUCCGAAGCCUCAGCUCUGGGGGAAGGCGAGGGGCGCCGGGGCCUCCUCAGCCCCUGCCCCCCAAAUUGCUGCUAUGGGAUGGCCCGUCCCCCCCCCCAUCCCCACCUCACCCUCCUGCGCUGCGCCGGGUUCUGUCAGAGCGGCGCCUCCCAAAGGCAGCCGGGAGUCCAGGCAGACGGCGGCUUUUGGGGCUCCGGACCCCAAGUCCCUACUUCGAAAACCUAGUAUUCGGGUGAAGGGUGUUGGGGCCUCAUCCGCUCUGGGGAGAACUAUGGGGCAGGGGAUGGGAGUGCUGGAGAGUGACUGAGCUCGGGAGAGGGGAACUGGGCCCACCCCACUUCCAGAACAAGCAACCAAUCAUCCCUCCGCCCUUCCCAGCGAACCCAGGGUAUUCCCCAGGGUUAGGUGAACUGGCCCGGGAGGCAGGGCCCCGGGGAGGGGAGGGGCGUGAGCAGGCUCAGCCGGGGGCUCCCCCUCAGCCCCACCUCCCGCUCCCUGCUCUCCCUCUGCCCUUCCCCCCCCAGCCUUUUCUCGGCUCUUUCUUCUGUGUCCCCCUUUUGCCACUCUCCUCCACCCCUGUCCUUGUCUCUCCCUGUGCCCCCAUUUUCUAAGGCGCUGGGGGCCUGGCCCUGUCCAGCGCCUGGAGGAAUUUGUGUGUAAAACCCGUCUCUCUAGGCCAGUCCUGGCCAUUUGUGAUUGAAUAAACAAUUGCAAAGACUGAA